CGAUGCCCGGGGCGAAACUGGCCGUACGAACGGAGCAAGAAGCUACUAUAGUUCCAAUGCCAUGUUUUCGUCGCCAUGACCGCUCCUCCACCAGCGGCGUGGCGGGUCAUCAGCGAGAAUGGCGCUUUGGUCCGAGAAGAGGCGGACUUGAAAAGUCGUGAGCUGGGACGUGUGACCACGGGCGCGGUGCUCUUGCAGGAGGCGCCUGUGUCGCUCUCCUCGCGCUUGCGCUUCCGGCUCCUGCGUGGCACCGGCCCGCGCGCUGGCUUCGUGUCCGUGAAGAUCAAAGGGAAGGCGUUGCUGGAGGAAUGUGAGCUUGAGACUCCGACGACGCACCUCCCUAGAGUGACGAUGGAGGUGGAAAUGCCCGGUGACGGCUUCACUGCAUGGUUUCCCUUCCGCCGGGUCGCCAACUUCCGUGACCUCGCCGAUUCGACCUGUGGGUCGCCGCCGCCGAAGCGGCCGCUGCGCCGCGGGCGGUUGUUCCGCUCGGGGCACUUUGCAGCGGCACAGCCAGAGGACCUGGCGUACUUGGAGACCUUCGGUUUGCGCACUUAUGUGGACCUACGGGAUGGCCUUGAUUUGGAGGGUGCGGACGCACCAAUCUAUGAGCGCUUCCCUCCUUCACCGCGCGCGCAACGCGAUGGCGCGGCCGCUGAUCGGUCGCCUGGGCAGCCGCGUCGCGUGUGGUGCCCCUUCAGUAAAGAUCUGAAGUUGCGGCCCUGGACCAACGAGGAGAAGGCCAACCUGGUGCCCGAGUGGGACCGGAAAGCUUGGCACAGCUGGUGGUAUCAGCGAUUGAUCCGCAUGAACAUGGAGAAGAAGGUGGACUUGAACACUGCCUCCAACCUUUGUGCUUUGAACCGCGCCAUCUUGUUCGUGAACGCCGACGAGGUCUUGAAAGCCAUGAAAGUGCUCACUGAGGAGCAAAACUACCCCGUGGUCUUUGGCUGUGUCGCAGGAAAGGAUCGUACAGGGCUUUUGGCCUGUCUCAUCUUGAGUGCCCUGGGAUUGGACCAGGAGGCCAUUCUGACUGACUACCUGAAGACGAAUCAGGCAUCUGAACACAUCAACGCUUGCGCGCAGGUUGGCAUGGCGCUUUGGUGGAAGCAAGUGGAGCAAGAAGAUCCGCGGCGCUUCAAGAUGAUGCAGAAAUCUGGCCAGGUCCAUCCCUUGCAGUAUGACGCCAGCUGGCCAGGCCUUCGGCCAGGCGCGGCCAUGGAUGGUGACGCCGCGUCGGGGGCGGCCACGGCGUCCGAGCACGGCGCAGCGGUCUUUCCGCAGACCAUGGCUUAUACGCUGGAGAUGCUCGAAGAGGAGGGCGGCGCCUUGGCCUACUUGGACUCGAUCGGCUUUGGAGCGCAGGACGUCGCCAAGCUUCGCGAGCUCUUGCUGGAGCCCUCCGAGCAGCCGGAGCGCUGACGGCGCGCAAAAACGGCGGUGGGCCCACGUGCCGAGCCAGGCAGCAGCUGCGUGGCGUGGCAUGAGACCAUGCGCCGUCCAGGUGGGAGGGGUCGGGGCUGCGCCACACAGCGGCGACCCGACGAAUUCGGAAUCGCACACAGCUGAGCAGACAGAUGAAUGCAGUGAUCACGGCAUGGUUUUGCGCUGCGCUGUUGCGCAGACGCUCUCGUCACAGUGGCGGUCUCUCCGCCACCGCGGAGGAGAACCCACGGGCCCAGCUGCCAGCCACUGCGAGGAAGCAACUUGGAUUGUGAGGCACCGUUCAGAAGAACCCACACAAGCAGGGAUGUGGAGGAAGCAGGGUAGGCGCCAGACGGCGCAUGUGGGAAUUCUUCCGAGCCGCCUGUGAAUCACGUGCUCAUUGGCUUAUAAAAAUGGCGAGGUGAUGGCGUGUUUUUGGAGUGAGUGGAAGCAUCUCAUGUGGCCAUGAAUCCAAAAGGGAAUAAGAACAUGAUAGUGAACUUUAUGACAUAUAUGUCAC